AUGACUUCCCUCUUUGCUCUCGACCCCGACCCAGAGAUCAUAAACCCAGUCGGUCCUCCGUAUGAGGAGUAUGGAUCCAUCACGAUCAAACGCCAAAAGGUACUACCCGGUCUGCCCAAUGCCACAAGCCCAAGAAUCAUCCCUUUUGUGAAGGUGGGCUGGCAAAAUAUCGCACCAGCCGAAUGGGCAGCCCACAUCAAAGACAUCCCCUCCCAUAUAUCCGUGAAAAUGCAGACCAGCUACGCCAAAUCCGCUGUCGGUGCCCUGAUUGCCGCCCCACCAUUACGAGAGCCUCUGCUAAGGAAUAGCAAAUCGCUGUCAGGUGCCCAACUGGAUGAACUGAUCCGGGGAAAGCGCUGCAACUCGGAAUCGGCCUUGAUGCAAAUUGUUGGGAUCGUCGAAUCCCAGGAUGUAGUGGCUGUCCCCAAGGCCGUGGCCCAUGGGCGAAGAGCAUACACGGGUCCGAUGCAGCAGCUCGCCGGGCUAAAGCGGGCAAUGGCCACACAGGACAAAACGCCUACCGCAUGUGUGACAUGCCGUUCAAAGAAAGUGAAAUGCUCGGGUACAAUUCCCUGCGACUACUGCGAGGAUCGGCGAUUGGAAUGCCGCUCCGCUAGGAAAACCCAGAAGAGACUAUAUUCGGUUGAAUAUGUCGAGAAGCUCGAACGUCGCCUUGCAAUAUGCGAAAAUGCCGGACAGCUUCCGGCUUCUAUUCGCUCAGGAACAGCGGCAUCCGAUAACAUUAACCAUGACGACUCGUCAUCACGCGCACGUUCAGGGGAUUCAUCACCUAACCGCAACGGGGUUACCAGUCACCCAGCGUGUCUCAGUCCGAUGUCAAAUCCAAGCGUGGCAAUGUCCAAUUGCAACCCGCAAUCAUCGAGCCCUUCCACCAUGAGGGCGGACACAUACAUAAACUCUAGCCAUAUCCCUACAUCACGGGUCCGGGAUUUUCUGUGGAAGAGGACACCGGUCAAUCCCAGUGAUUCAAUUACCGGGUCGGAUAACAGCUUUCUACCGUCUACGACACGGGAUAUUAUCGAAAGCUGGUCCAACCUACAAGACACUUUUCUGGAAGUCCCAAGCCUUCCUGGCAAAGGCGAUGCUGAUCACCUUUUGAAUUGUGUUAACUUUUACAUCGGCCAGACUCAGCACCACUUCGAUGUCCGGGAGGUCUCUGAUCAUCUAGCGCUUUUCUUCGACGGUCGUCUGUCAUCUUCCCCCAUCCCAAAACUUUGGUACAUUAAGUUGGUCUUGAUCUUUGCUGUUGGGAAGGUUGUCGAGGGCAGAUUCGAUGACGAUCCACUACCGGGAGAUUGUUACUUCAAGUAUGCCCAGGCUCUCCUUCCGAAUCUGAGUGAACUCCAUGUGUCAAAAAGACACGGCGUAGAGGUCCUCGGUCUGGUAGCACUGUAUCUCCAGAAUGUCAACAGAAGUGAAGAAGCCUACUUAUAUGUCAAUUCAGCGCUGCGGAUCGCCAUUGCUCACGGAUUCCACGCUCAUAGUCGGUUGAAUCAAUAUUUAAAAUCGGAGAAAACCCACCUCAACCGCCUCUUGUGGACAAUAUACAUGCAAGAAAAGCGUUUGGCCGCAGCAACUGGCAAUCCAUCCAGCGUCGACCGCGAUACAAUCGAGCUGGAGAUGCCUGCAAAUGCACUUGGCUUUCCGUCGCCGUUUCCAAUCUGUCUCAAUAUUAGAAUUGCACAUAUUACAGGGCGCGUUCUCCAGACACUGUAUGUACAGAAACCCGAAAAGGAUGGAAAUUUGAUACAUAGUGUUCAGUCUAUUAUUCAAGAACUGCAUGAGAUCUCCGCGGAGCUCCCAUUGGACUUUUCAGAUGGAAAUCACAAUCAGACCCCUAAGCAAAACAUCAGAGUCUUUGCUUCUAUUCAUAUGAUGCUUUAUCAGGCUAUCCUACUCACCAUCCGGCCAAUAAUGCUCUACGUCGCACGCAUAAUCCUGACAGGAGAUGAAACAAGUCGCUCCACUAUUUACAGCUCUUCCCUGGGUCGCCUAUCUCGAACAUGUGCAGAAGCAGCACGCAGGAUGCUUUCGAUGGUCCUAAUGCUGAAGAAGGAAAAUAUCAUUGCCAUAUUCGGAUUCUUCGACCUAGAUGCGACCUUUUCGAGCGCCUUCAUCAUGAUUCUAACAGCAAUAUUCAACAUUAUAUGCAAGGACGACCAGGCUAUUAUUCCAUCUCCGGGGCUUGAUGAAGCCAUUCAGGUCUUGCGCCAUCUUUCAGAUCGUGGAAAUCCAUUUGCGGGUGAAAAGCUGCGAGAGGUUGAGCACAUUUGGGCACAAUUACAUGUCGACAACAAUCUAAACAAUGGGCCAUUGGCAGGAUCCAGUUGGGCCGGUGACUUCCCGAACACCCACGAGUCGAACCCCCAGGAAUCUAGCUCUGUGCCAUCACAGAGAACUCUUGAAAGAUCGAAUGGACCGCAACUGCAGUCCUCGGACAUGAGACCCGAUCAAGAGUCGGCUGUGGGUUAUAACCAGGCAUAUCUCGCAAGCCGUCGCAAUUCAGGCCACCACUCGACCGGUGGUGGUUUCAAAGCUUCACACCACCAAGGACCGCCGCAUAAUGAUGGCUUUCAUGAGUUCCCUAUUGGAGAUUGGCUCGUUCAGGAUACCAAUGAACAGUACAAUACGAUUUUGGGAAGUCAAGAGUGGGCACUAACUGGACAGGAUUCCAUUGACUUUGCUGAAUUAGCGACUUACCUUCCGGGCUUUGGAGAAUGA